UUUUUUGCUCUAUAUAAACCCUUCUCACUACAAUAAGCUUGUUAGGAAAUGAAGAAGAGAAACCAAACCUCAGUUCCAACAAUGGCGGUGAUGAUUCAGCCUCUGCUUGCUCUUAUGCUAUUCACAACCCUGUUCUCCCACAUUUCAGCAACCACAAUAACAUUAUUCAACAAGUGCACACAUCCAGUGUGGCCAGGUAUACAACCAGGCGCAGGCAAACCCAUCUUAGCGCGUGGAGGCUUCAAACUCCUUCCCAACAAAGCCUACUCCCUCAACCUCCCCCCUCUCUGGUCCGGCCGUUUAUGGGGCCGCCACGGCUGCUCCUUCAACGCCAACGGCCACGGCCGCUGCGCCACCGGAGACUGCGGCGGAUCCCUAUUUUGCAACGGAAUCGGCGGAACCCCUCCCGCCACACUCGCCGAAAUCACCCUAGGAAACGAUCAGGACUUCUACGACGUCUCCCUUGUCGACGGCUACAACCUGGCCAUGUCGAUAACGCCGUCCAAGGGAUCUGGCAAAUGCAGCUCUGCAGGGUGCGUGAGUGACCUGAAUCUGAUGUGCCCGAUCGGAUUACAAGUUAGGUCAAGAGAUAAUCGGAGAGUUAUGGCUUGCAAGAGUGCUUGCUUCGCUUUCAAUUCGCCGAGGUAUUGCUGCACGGGAAGCUUUGGAAACCCUCAAUCUUGCAAACCAACUGCGUAUUCGAAGAUCUUCAAGACUGCUUGUCCCAAAGCUUACUCUUAUGCUUUCGAUGAUCCAACCAGUAUCGCUACUUGCACCAGAGGGAAUUACUUGAUCACUUUCUGCCCUAACCAUCGCUAAUUAGGUUUAAUUAGUUACUAUUGGUAUUUAUUAUUAGUCGUUAAUUAUGUUUACGUACUAAUGGUAUUUUGAUUGUACUGUUAAGCGUGCCACACUGGGUGGCACUGAUAUUGCUUUGAGAAACGUUCGAGACCUAUUUCUUAUCCUAUUCACUAUU